UCAUAGGGUUUUUCUCGGUAUGCUGUGACGUCAGUGAAACUGUAGAUUAAUUUCUGUUCUUCCCCCACUAUAAUACCGUUAUAUGUAAUGUACAUUCUUUUAAAACCACAUAACGACUUUGACUUCAAACGCAGACGCAGUACGUCACAGAACCAAAAGCAGUUGCGAUACACGUCAUAGAAACAAAGUUACAAAUAUCUAUAGUAUCAAAUUCUUGGAAACCUAGAUUAUUUGUGUCAAGCUACUUUUUCAAGAGAAACGUGCAACAUGAGUUACGGUUAUCAAGGACCACCGGUGAUUCAAUUUCCUGGACAUGUACGACCACCAACGUCAUUUGGAGCUCCACCUGGUACACCUUCUGCCCCUGGUGCUGCUUCUGCUCCACCUUAUCCUCAAAGUGGCAACAUAGGUUUCUCUAAUGCUCCACCCGUGUCUUUUGGAAUGCCACAGCCCUAUAGUCCUUAUCCUUCCAGCCCUUAUCCCCCACAAUCUAAUCACCCUGUACCUCAGCAGUGUCCUUAUCCAGCACCAGGAGGUUCUCCCUUAUAUGCACCUGAGCCAAACCGUCAACCGUCCUCUCCUUAUCAACCUAAUACUUCUUAUCCACCUCAACCAAUGCAGCAACCAUAUCCUAGUGAACCUUCUGGGUAUCCACAGCAGCCAAAUUAUAAUUUGUAUCCAAACCUUCAAUCUGCACCAGAAGCACGAGAAUGUCGUGGUGCAGUUUCUUCAUAUCCACCUCAGCCUAAUGCUUAUUCAAAUAAUUCAAAUCCUUACCAAAGCGGGAGAUAUUCCGGGGGGCAGGUUAAUCAAUCUGAUUCUCCACAUAGAGGUAAAUCGCCUUCUCAGCGAUAUAGCUCACCCCGAAAAGAUCAAUUUACACCAAAGUUGUCCCCUACUGUUGUACCGUACAGUGAUUUCGAUGCCAGGGCAGAUGCAGAAGCCUUAAGAAAGGCAAUGAAAGGUUUUGGUACAGAUGAAAAAACGAUUAUUAACGUGCUCGCUAAUCGCAGCAACUUACAACGCCAAGAAAUUGCUGUUCAGUUUAAAACUUUAUAUGGAAAGGACUUAAUAAAAGAUCUGAAAUCCGAAUUGUCGGGCAACUUUGAAAAAUUAGUUCUUGCUAUGAUGAUGCCAUUGCCGCAAUACUAUGCCAAAGAGCUGCAUGAUGCAAUGUCUGGUAUUGGAACCGACGAAUGCGUACUUAUCGAAGUACUGUGUACCAUGUCUAACCAUGAGAUCCGUGUAAUUAAGCAAGCUUACGAAGCAAUGUACGGAAGAUCGUUGGAAGACGACCUGAGAGACGAUACUUCCGGCAAUUUCAAACGAUUAAUGGUAUCGUUAUGUUGUGCCAACAGAGAUGAGUCAUUCGAUGUAGACCCUGCAGCCGCAUUAGAAGAUGCCAAAGAACUUCUCAGAGCCGGCGAACUUCGUUUUGGUACUGAUGAAUCAAUAUUCAAUGCAGUUCUUGUUCAAAGAAAUGUUCCACAGUUGAAGCAAAUAUUCCACGAAUACGAAAACAUAACCGGCCACACAAUUGAGGAUGCCAUCGAGAACGAGUUCUCAGGAGAUAUUAAGAAAGGUCUUCUUGCAAUUGUAAAAUGCGUGAAGAACAGAGCUGCCUUCUUUGCCGAACAACUGUAUAAGAGUAUGAAGGGUAUGGGUACAGAUGAUGCUCGUUUAAUUAGACUGGUUGUCACACGUUCUGAGAUAGAUAUGGGAGAGAUUAGAGAAGUAUUCAGACAUCAGUAUGGAGAAUCAUUAGAAGACUUCAUAUCGGGUGAUUGUUCCGGUCAUUAUAAGAAAUGUCUUUUGGCUCUGGUUUCUUAAAUGUUUAACUCAAGCGUCAAUUUCGUCUCGCAUUUAAAUGUACAAUUUAUCAAGUAUUAAUAUUUUUAUGGUUAUCAAUUAUACACUUGAUAACUUCUAAUGCGUUGUAUAAGAUAAUCUCGCCAAGAAAGACAGUGUUCCUACAAGUUGUUUGUGCAAAUAUUUAUAUCUUUGAAGCUUUACAUGUUUUGCAUUGAAUCUCAGAUAUAAUUCACGAAAGCCUAUCGUAUCUAUACAAUAGCUUAAAGGAUUAUAAAAUGACGAAUUGUUAAAAAUGAUCAAACAUAUUCUUAUAUAUAUCUUUUUUACUUUAUAUAAAAACUAUACAUGUACACAUUAUUGUGUUAUAUACAUAUAUUUUAUGGACAAAGAUGAAAUAUUACCGUAGUGGGUAUUGUAAAUGGUGAAAAUAAAACUAUAUCUUUUACUGUUAA